CAAGAAUUAAAUCUUGUGCCCAAUUAGAGAGCAGAAGCAUUUACUGAAUUAGAAGGUGACAGUUGAGUUCACUUCUUAUGUUCUAAUUAUUAAGUGGACCUACCAUGUGAUAUUCUUGCACUAUAUAAUAUGAUCCUAUUUGUAAACAUUCUUGCAUGUCUUGGAUAUUAUUAGUAUAGUGUUCUGUUUUUGUUACAUAGGGUGUUGUAAGAGUUGGGAGUCGUAUAGAAUGGGUUGUUUAUUGUUUGGCAGUGGUGUUGGGGUUUUAGUUCUGUUGUUUGUGUUUGUCGUGGAAAGUUAUGUGGUGUUUGGUGAUAGGGGAGUUGAAGAUGAGAAGUUUUUAUUUAAGCAUCGUCAUUUUGGUGAUCGUUUUGGUGGGGGUUUAGGACAUGGUAUUUUUAGGAAAGGGUUUAAGCAUGGUGGAGGUCUAGGUUUUGGUGGUGGUGUUGGUGUUGGUGGUGGUAUAGGUGGAGGGGCGGGUGGUGGCUUAGGUGGUGGAGGUGGUGGUGGUGGUGGCUUAGGAGGUGGUGCAGGUGGUGGUUUAGGCGGAGGAGGUGGUCUUGGUGGAGGUGCUGGUGGUGGUCUUGGUGGAGGAGGUGGUGCAGGUGGUGGUUUAGGCGGAGGUGGAGCUGGUGGCGGCGGAAGCUUUGGUGGUGGUGGAGGUGGUGGCAUUGGUGGUGGCCUUCAUUGA